UCCGCUGACGUCAGGGGGUCAGAGGCGACGAAAAAGAUGUCGACUGGCGGACGCCGUUGGGCGCUGCUGUGGGGAGCGUCUCCGUGACAGGCGCUCGGCGGAGACGACGGACGAGCCGUCCCCCGAGCGAGUGUGAAGGGCGGCCGCGGCGGAUCGGGCAGGGCCGGGGGUGGAGCCGAGGGCGCCCCCGCUGGGGCGUGACUGUUGGGAGCGUGCAGGAACGGGGAGCGUCGGGUGCCCAAGGCCGGUGAUGCCCCACCGCCGCCCGGAGGCCGGGAAGUCGAGCUCCGCGGGGCCCCUUCAUGCCGCCGACUGGCUCUGACCCCGCCAGAAUGAACAGGAAGAAAGGAGACAAGGGCUUUGAAAGCCCAAGGCCGUAUAAAUUAACCCAUCAGGUCGUCUGCAUCAACAACAUAAACUUCCAGAGAAAAUCUGUUGUGGGAUUUGUGGAACUGACUAUAUUUCCCACAGUCGCAAACUUAAAUAGAAUCAAGUUGAACAGCAAACAGUGUAGAAUAUACCGAGUGAGGAUCAAUGAUUUAGAAGCUGCCUUUAUUUAUAAUGAUCCAACCUUGGAAGUUUGUCACAGUGAAUCGAAACAGAGAAACCUCAACUAUUUCUCCAAUGCUUAUGCGGCUGCAGUUAGUGCCGUGGACCCUGAUGCAGGGAACGGGGAGCUGUGCAUCAAGGUUCCGUCAGAGUUGUGGAAACACGUCGACGAGUUAAAGGUCCUAAAGAUACACAUCAAUUUUUCUUUGGAUCAGCCAAAAGGAGGUCUUCACUUUGUGGUACCCAGUGUAGAGGGAAGCAUGGCUGAGAGAGGUGCUCACGUGUUCUCUUGUGGGUAUCAGAACUCCACAAGAUUUUGGUUCCCAUGUGUUGAUUCAUACUCUGAAUUAUGUACGUGGAAAUUAGAGUUUACAGUGGAUGCUGCCAUGGUAGCAGUUUCCAAUGGAGAUUUGGUGGAGACCGUGUAUACCCACGACAUGAGGAAAAAGACCUUCCAUUACAUGCUUGCCAUUCCGACAUCUGCGUCAAACAUCUCCUUGGCCAUUGGACCUUUUGAAAUCCUUGUAGAUCCAUAUAUGCAUGAGGUUACUCAUUUUUGUUUACCUCAGCUUCUUCCAUUGCUUAAACAUACCACAUCAUAUCUUCAUGAAGUUUUUGAAUUUUAUGAAGAAAUUCUUACAUGUCGAUACCCAUAUUCCUGUUUUAAGACUGUAUUCAUUGAUGAGGCUUAUGUUGAAGUGGCUGCUUAUGCUUCCAUGAGCAUUUUUAGCACUAAUUUGCUACACAGUGCUAUGAUCAUAGAUGAGACACCUUUGACCAGAAGGUGUUUAGCCCAGUCUUUGGCCCAGCAGUUUUUUGGAUGUUUCAUAUCCAGAAUGUCUUGGUCUGAUGAAUGGGUAUUGAAAGGAAUUUCUGGUUAUAUUUAUGGUCUUUGGAUGAAGAAAACUUUUGGGGUUAAUGAAUACCGCCACUGGAUUAAAGAGGAGCUGGACAAAAUAGUGGCAUAUGAACUGAAAACUGGUGGAGUUUUAUUACAUCCCAUAUUUGGUGGAGGAAAAGAGAAGGAUAACCCAGCGUCCCAUCUACACUUCUCCAUAAAGCAUCCACAUACGCUCUCCUGGGAAUACUACACUAUGUUCCAGUGUAAAGCUCACCUUGUGAUGAGACUGAUUGAAAACAGGAUCAGUAUGGAGUUUAUGUUGCAAGUUUUCAAUAAACUGCUAAGUUUGGCUAGUACUGCUUCAUCUCAGAAGUUCCAGUCACAUAUGUGGAGUCAAAUGUUGGUUUCCACAUCUGGAUUUUUGAAAUCCAUUUCGAAUGUCUCUGGCAAAGACAUCCAGCCUUUAAUAAAGCAGUGGGUAGACCAGAGCGGAGUGGUAAAAUUUUACGGAAGUUUUGCCUUUAAUAGAAAGCGAAAUGUCUUGGAAUUGGAAAUAAAACAAGAUUAUACAUCUCCUGGAACCCAGAAAUAUGUGGGACCACUUAAAGUGACAGUUCAGGAGUUAGACGGAUCCUUCAAUCACACAUUGCAAAUUGAAGAAAACAGUCUUAAGCACGAUAUACCUUGCCAUUCCAAAAGCAGAAGGAAUAAGAAGAAAAAAAUUCCACUGAUGAAUGGCGAAGAAGUUGACAUGGAUCUUUCUGCAAUGGAUGCCGACUCUCCUCUGCUGUGGAUAAGGAUCGACCCGGACAUGGCGGUGCUGCGGAAGGUGGAGUUUGAGCAGGCGGACUUCAUGUGGCAGUACCAGCUCCGCUACGAGAGGGACGUGGUCGCCCAGCAGGAGGCCAUCUCGGCCUUGGAGAAGUUCCCCACGCCCGCGUCCCGGCUCGCCCUCACGGACAUACUGGAGCAGGAGCAGUGUUUCUACCGAGUGAGGAUGUCCGCCUGCUUCUGCCUUGCAAAGAUUGCAAAUUCAAUGGUGAGCACAUGGACAGGACCACCAGCCAUGAAGUCGCUCUUCACUAGGAUGUUUUGUUGUAAAACUUGUCCAAACAUUGUGAAAACAAACAACUUUAUGAGCUUUCAAAGUUACUUUCUACAGAAGACUAUGCCAGUUGCAAUGGCCUUAUUGAGAGAUGUUCACAACCUUUGUCCCAAAGAAGUCUUAACAUUUAUUUUAGACUUAAUCAAGUACAAUGACAACAGAAAAAAUAAGUUUUCAGACAACUAUUACCGCGCAGAGAUGAUCGAUGCCCUUGCCAACUCUGUUACGCCUGCGGUCAGUGUGAAUAAUGAAGUUCGAACUUUGGAUAACUUAAAUCCGGAUGUGCGACUCAUUCUUGAAGAAAUCACUAGGUUUUUGAAUAUGGAAAAACUUCUUCCAAGUUACAGGCACACCAUCACUGUCAGUUGUUUGAGAGCCAUACGAGUGCUUCAGAAGAAUGGACAUGUGCCCAGUGAUCCAUCUCUUUUUAAAUCUUACGCAGAAUAUGGCCACUUUGUGGACAUUAGAAUAGCAGCUUUGGAAGCGGUGGUUGAUUACACUAAAGUUGACAGGAGUUAUGAAGAAUUGCAGUGGCUACUUAACAUGAUUCAAAAUGACCCUGUACCCUAUGUAAGACAUAAAAUUCUAAAUAUGUUGACUAAAAACCCACCCUUUACUAAGAGCAUGGAGUCUCCCUUAUGCAAUGAAGCUUUGGUAGAUCAACUUUGGAAACUUAUGAAUUCUGGCGCGGCUCACGACUGGAGGCUGCGGUGUGGCGCUGUGGACUUGUACGUCACGCUCUUUGGCCUCAGUAGACCUUCCUGCUUACCCUUGCCAGAGCUUGGCUUGGUCCUUAAUCUGAAGGAGAAGAAAGCUGUCUUGAAUCCAACCAUCAUUCCAGAGGCCAUAGCAGGCAACCAAGAAGCUGCAGUGAAUCCAAGUAGUCACGCACAGCUAGUUGGAUUCCAGAACCCUGAAGAUGAUCACCUUGCCAAGGAAGCCUCAUGUAAUAUGUCAGCUCAUCAGCAGGGAGUGAAGAGGAAGGCUGACACACCACUGGGGUCCCCACUAGAGCCUGGUCAAAUACUGGAGAAGAAUGAGGAUAGCAGUAAAGUCAGACUCAAAAUCAGAUUUUCAAGUUCUCAAGACGAGGAAGAGAUUGAUAUGGAUACUGUUCAUGAUAGCCAGGCAUUCAUUUCCCAUCAUUUAAACAUGCUUGAAAGGCCGUCAACUCCAGGGCUCUCCAAAUAUCGGCCAGCUAACUCGAGAUCUGCUCUGAUGCCCCAGCACUCCGCAGGCUGUGACGGCACGCCCACCACGAAGCCCCAGUGGAAUAUGGAGCUCCCACGGAAGGGAGCAGGUAAGGAGCAGCCCCCUCUGGAGAUGAGUCUGCACGCGGCCGCGGCAGCCCCGCUGUCGGCGUUCAGCAAGGAGCCCGCGGCCCCCAAGCACGGCGACCACCACCACCACCACCACCACGAGCACAAGAAGAAGAAGAAGAAGCACAAGCACAAGCACAAGCACAAGCACAAGCGGGACGGCCGGGAGAGGGGGCGCGCGCCCCUCGCCCUCCCCAGCCCCGCCGGCGGCCGCCCCGCGCGCUCCCCCUCGCUCUCCGACUGAGCCGGGCGGGCGCGCGCCGCGCCGUCCCAGCCCCGCCCGCGGGAGGUCCGCGCGCUCCCUCCCUCUCGGACUGAGCCGGGGCCGGGCGACCUUCCCCGGUGUCCAGACCGGUAUACAGACGGCGCCGGGCGGGGGAGACCUUCCCUCUGCGUCCGGAACAGUACAGAGACUGAGCCGGGCGGCGGGGACCCUCGCCUCCCCAGCCCCGCCACCGGGAGGCCCGCGCGCGCUCUGCCUCCCUCUCAGACGGAGCGGGGCCGGGGGACCUUCCCUCCGUGUCCAGAACAGUGUACAGAACCAGCACUUCGUCAGCUGGGAAGAUGAGAGAAAGAAAAAGUCACCUCUUGUAGAGACUCAAGUUCUAGACAUUUGAUUUAUGUUAUUUAUACAACUGAAACCUAAUUAGGAAAAUGUGUUUUAUCGUCCUGAGUAAACCAUCUCAUCCGGUUUCUUCCUGGAAAUGCACACACAGAGCAGACCCUUCAUCAGGCCCUCCUCUGCAGGGCAGUCACCGUUCAUAUCGUGGUCUCCGUGUGUACUGCCAAAGCCAAUUAUGUUUUAAAGCCUGUGACACUAUGGUAUAAAGUUACGUUUUAAACAGAAGCUACUGCCAAACCUGUGGUAAAACCACUAUUUCCAGUGAAAUAUUGAAUAACACUGUUUGGAACUACUGAAGGAUAGAGGCUUUUCUAUAGGACUCUUCUCUAUUGCAUGCUUUUGUGUGUAUCUGUUAACCAGAGAAACUAAUGCUGGAAUUUUCAGAGGCAGCUUUAAAAAAAGAAAAGGCUUUUUUGAUAGCACAUUUGGUCAUUAUGAUGUUGGAAUUUAACAAAACUACCAAAUCCACAGUUCUCAAAUCAAGAUGUUUAAAUUAUAACUUCCUUUUUUUCAUUAAGUGUAAGUGAAUACAUUCAUAUGUAGAACAUGUUUACCAAAUGUGGACAAUUAAUACACCCAAUACAUAUUCUAAAAUUAUUUCUCUAAGGAUGGUACCUUAAAAAGGUGUUUAUAUGCUGUUCAUAAGCGUAAAUGUAGACAUUUUGACCCUCAGCGUGAGUAUACCAGAAGUAUUUAAAAGCAUACGAAACAGUUUGGUUUCAUACUUCAAUUGUUUGUAUGUUUGUGUGUUUUUGUUUUUAUUUCUAAAUUUACCAUGUGCUUUAUCGUUUGCCUAAAAAUGUUACUCAUACCUGUUCUAUUUUUAUCAUUUCCCUUAUCAUUUAGAAGGUUUGACAGAAUACGUCUUCCCAGAAUAGAUGUUUCAAAGGGAUUUGGUAAUGUUGGACUUUUAAAUAUACUUGUUUAAUAAAUAAUUUUUUAAAUUGA